AUGGUUAUCCCUAUUUCCACCACUAGCAUCCCACCUCCACUCCAACCAAGCCACCACUCUUUUCCUCCAUCAAUUCCGUACAACGUCCAUAACAACCAAUCAACCUUCAUCUUCUGUUCACCUCACAAACAACAAUUACCGGCACCGCCCUUUCACUUCUCCAUCAAAACAGACCCACACGGUCCUGCCAUCACAAACUGCAAUCCAGGAUUUCCAGAGCCUCCCUCAACAAAUCAGCCACCAUUGCAAACUGCCUCAUUACUGGUCUUCCUCUCUGCAAGCAUUGCUCCAGCCGGUACUACCUCUGUCGGCAUCGUAUCACACCUACGACUUCGACACUUUCUGUUCAGCAACAACACUUCUUCUGUCAAGUUGGUUUCUGAAAAUCGUUUCUAG